AUGCAAGGUACUGAGGAGCUUAGGGUUUGUGACCUAAUAGACUCAGAAGCGGGGGAAUGGAAUGUGUGGCUACUCCAUGAGUUGUUGAUGGACAGUGAGGUCAUGCAUAUUGUGAGAAUUCCUCUUAGUUUGAAUGGUGGUGACGAUCGUCUCAUAUGGCACUUUGACAAGAAGAGUCAACAUAAUGUCAAAAAUGGAUAUCAUGUGGCACGACUAACGGAGCAGUUGGGUCGAAGGGCGUCAACGUCUGAGUCACAUGUUGAAGGGGAGUUCAUAUUCAAGAAGCUUUGGAAGAUCAAUGUUCCUCCAAAAGUGAAACUACAAACAUGGUGUCUGGUUAAGGGGAUCCUACCUACUAGAGUUGCCCUAGCAAAGAGGGUACAGCUCUCGGAUGUUAUGUGUCCAUUUUGCUCAGUGGCAGGAGAAGAUGGGAGGUAUGUGUUUAAAGAGUGUGAUGUGGUGAAUGUGUUGUGGAGAACAGGGACUCUCAAGCUAAAACCUGCCGAACAUUCAAUGCAGUUAGUGGUGGAGUGGAUAUGUGCAAUGUUUCGAAGUCUACCAGGUGACAGUUUUAAUCCAGUGGGUAUGCAUGACUGGGUGGUUAAUUAUUUGGAGGAUUUUAAGAAGCACCAUGUGCGUAGCAGAAACAAGGAGAGGAGGCCAAUUGCUAAGUGGUUGUUCCCCCCACGAGGUAGACUCAAAGUGAACGUGGACGGUGGUUUCCGAGUGGAACAUGGAUGUGGUGGGAUCGGUGUUGUUGUCUGA